AUGUCAUCUGAUAGAACUCAAAAAUUGUUUGAUUCAAUGUUGAUACUACACCUUAAAAGUCUACCAAAACCGGAAAAGCUUAAAGAUGUUGGACUGGUUUUCUUCCCAAUAGUUGAUAAGAGUAAAUAUUAUACGAUAUGCUUUGAUCUAAGGGUUCCAACUUACUACAUGAUAGACCAUGUGAACCGAAAUGGUGUUGUUGAGGACAUCUAUGGAAUAAAACACGUUCGUGUGGGAAUUGGGAUUGCGGUUUUACAGGAAAAAAAACAGAGUGAUGUAGUUGCUUUAAAUAAUAUAAGAAUCAAAUACAUGGUAAGACUUAUGAAAUCGGAGUACAACAAGCAUAAAAGUAUGUUGGAGAAAGAUGUAGAAGAGUAUGAGAGGCUCGAUACAUUGCAGAAAUUGGAUGUGAUGAAUGAAGUGAAAGAAAUCAGGGAGAAGUAG